UCCCCCUGCUACGAUCAAAAGAGGACCUCACUCUCAUCAGUCGCUCUCCUGCGGCCUCUCACCCCAACCCACCCUCCUUCGGGGCCGUUCGAUCCAUCUUUGGCUUCUCGCUUCCUCCCUCCCUCCCUCCUCCCUUUCUUCCGCUCCUUCACUCCUACCGCCUCCAGGAAAGGGACCGAGGCGAAGGCGAUGGAAACCCUAAUGGUGGAUCGCGUCCAGAGCAGCCUCCGCCUCUUGAUGUACAGCAAUGCCAUCUUCCUCUGCGAGCGCCUCUGCGCCGAGUUCCCUUCCGAGCUCAAUUUGCAACUUCUGGCUACUUGUUACUUGCUAAACAACCAAGCAUAUUGUGCCUACCAAAUAUUGAAAGGGACAAAAAUGCCUCAGUCCCGCUAUUUGUUUGCUGUAUCAUGCUUUCGUAUGAAUCUUCUCCAUGAAGCUGAGGCAGCACUAUGCCCAAUCAAUGAACCCAAUGCAGAGGUCCCAAAUGGAGCAGCUGGUCAUUACCUUCUUGGGCUCAUCUAUAGAUUCACAGGCAGGAGAGCAUAUGCCAUCGAUCAUUUUACGCAAGCUUUGGCUAUAGAUCCUCUUCUGUGGGCUGCAUACGAGGAACUGUGUGCUCUGGGUGCUGUGGAAGAAUCAAAUGAAUACUUCAAUGAUGUAUCUGCCCAGCGCAUACAACAACAUUUAUCUGACUCAAGUUCACAUAACUCGAGCACUGGCAGCGAGUACUGUAGCCUGCCUCCUAGUGCAGCAGUGAAUUCAGUGGAUUCAAUUCCUAGACAAUCAAAGCAAUUUCUUGCUAACAGUACAAGAGAGAUAUCCACUCUUCAGCAGGGUGUAGUAUUUGCAAAAGUGCAGACCACCAAUAGUGGGACUUCAAAUUUGUCACAGUUUAAUACUCCUUCUCCAGCAGCAACACAGCUCUCUGGAGUAGCUCCUCCACCUCUAUGUAGAAAUGCACAAGUCUUCUUGAAUGCAGCCAGCAGUGAUGGCUCUAUGAAAUCGAAUUUAAAUCUAGCAGUUCAAGCACCAAGGAGGAAGUUCAUGGAUGAAGGAAAACUACGAAAGGUUUCAGGGAGAUUGUUCUCUGAUUCAGGGCCUCGCCGAAGUACAAGACUCUCAGCAGAGGCAUCAAUUAUUGCAAAUUCAAAUGCGCCACAAGUAGGAGGAAAUGGAAGUAAUCAUUCCGCUAAAUUCCUUGGAGGACUUUCUUCAUCUUCCUCUGCAAAAGCAAAUUUAGCUUCCUCACGUUCAUUGACAUUUAAGAAGGGACAAUCAUGGAUUGCAGAAAGUUUUGAAGAAGGGAGAAGGCCUGAGAUUUUUGAUGACUCCCGGACAGAGAAUAUGGCAACAACUUCCUCUUCAAUAUCAAUGUCAGCUGAUGGUAGGUGCCUUGAGCAAGGUAAGGCAACUGGAGAUUUAGCACACGACUCGAGAUUGAUGAGUGGUACUCAGGAGUUAUUGGGCCUCUUGAGGAUUUUUGGAGAAGGCUACAGGCUUUCCUGUUUAUAUAGAUGCCAGGAGGCGUUGGAAGUUUACCUUAAACUUUCGCAAAAGCAAUUCAAUACUGGAUGGGUGCUAUCCCAGGUUGGGAGAGCUCAUUUUGAGCUGGUGGAUUAUUUUGAGGCAGAUCACUUUUUUGAAUUGGCACGCCGGGUAUCACCGUGUACUUUAGAGGGAAUGGAUACUUAUUCCACUGUCCUUUAUCAUUUGAAGGAAGAAAUGAAAUUGAGUUACCUUGCUCAAGAGCUUAUAUCAGUUGAUCGAUUAUCUCCUCAAGCAUGGUGUGCACUGGGCAACUGUUAUAGCUUGCAGAAAGAUCAUGAAACUGCUUUGAAAAAUUUCCAGCGUGCAGUUCAUCUAGACCCAAGAUUUGCAUAUGCUCACACACUUUGUGGCCAUGAGUAUGUCACCUUGGAGGAUUUUGAGAAUGGAAUAAAAUGCUACCAAAGUGCACUUCAAGCAGAUGACAGGCAUUACAAUUCCUGGUAUGGACUUGGUGUGGUAUACCUCCGCCAGGAGAAGUUUGAGUUUGCCGAACAUCAUCUCCGAAGAGCAUAUAAUAUAAACCCUCGCUCUUCUGUUCUUAUGUGCUACCUUGGCAUGGCACUGCACUCACUAAAGAGAAAUCAGGAAGCACUGGAGAUCAUGGAACAGGCUAUAUCUGCUGAUAAGCAGAAUCCACUCCCUGUGUACCAGAAAGCUAACAUACUAGUCAGUCUCGAAAGGUACGAUGAAGCUUUGAACGAGUUGGAUCAACUAUCUGAGAGUGCACCUCAUGAAAGCAGUAUUUAUGCAUUGAUGGGCAAGAUCUAUAAGCGACUUGAGAUGCAUGAGAAGGCAAUGUUCUACUUUGGUCUUGCCUUGGAUUUGAAGCCUCCUGCAGCCGAUGUUGCCACCAUCAAGGCGGCAAUGGAGAAGCUAUACCUACCAGACGAAAUGGAUGAUAACCUUUAGGUUAACUUGCAAGUGUAAAGUAACAUGUUGUAGUAGCUUGGCCCUGCUUGCGCUCUCGAGUUAGCCAGCCAGAAACUUAUCGACCACCUUGAAGUUUCAGGCGCACGCGAUCUUUCGUGAUUGUAACACUAAUCUUCAGUUUUGUAGCUUUAGAUAUCUUGAGAAGAUCAAGAGAUUUAGAGUAACUGAGAGUGUUUGCAAUGUAAAGAGGCAAUGCCAUGAUAAUGCAGCCUGGAGUCCUUGUAGGAUUAUUCGAUGAUAGAAGAAAGAAAUGUCAUCUUUAGGGCAUUAGGAGCCGUCGAACCAUAUGCUUGUUCCAUACCUGACUGUUUGACUCUGGCAUUCACUCCAUGAAAUUUUAUUCCCUCCUCCUGAGGCAUGAUUACUUGUGAUA